AUGCGGCGGAGCCCCCGCCCGGGCUCGGCCAAGUCCCCUCACAAGCACACAUCCAACUUCUACAGCGACAACAGCAACAGCUCAGUGAGCGUCACCUCGGGGGACAGCAGCCGGCAACGGUCAGCUGGGCCGGGCCCCGGGGAGCCUGAGGGCAGAAGAGCCCGGGGCUCGAGCUGCGGUGAGCCCGCCUUGAGCGCAGGAGUGCCCGGAGGAACCACAUGGGCUGGAAGCUCUCGGCAGAAGCCUGCGCCUCGGAGCCACAAUGGGCAGACCGCCUGUGGCGCGGCAACCGUGAGGGGCGGGGCCUCGGAACCGGCUGGAUCUCCCGUAGCCUCUGAGGAGCAGCUCGACCUUCUCUCGACCCUGGAUCUGAGACAGGAGAUGCCUCCACCGCGCGUGUCCAAGAACUUCUUGAGCCUGCUGUUGCAGGUGCUGAGCGUGUUGCUGUCCCUGGCAGGAGACGCGCUGGUCCUUGUAUACAGGGAGGUCUGUUCCAUCCGGUUCCUGCUCACAGCUGUGUCACUGCUGAGCCUCUUUCUGGCAGCACUCUGGUGGGGGCUGCUGUACCUGGUUCCUCCUUUGGAGAAUGAACCUAAGGAGAUGCUGACUCUAAGUGAGUACCACGAGCGUGUGCGCUCCCAGGGGCAGCAACUGCAGCAGCUCCAGGCCGAGCUGGAUAAACUACACAAGGAGGUGUCCAUCGUUCGUGCAGCCAACAGCGAGAGAGUGGCCAAGAUUGUAUUCCAGAGGCUGAAUGAAGACUUUGUGAGGAAACCCGACUAUGCCCUCAGCUCUGUGGGGGCCUCCAUUGACCUAGAGAAGACAUCACAUGACUAUGAAGAUGCAAACACUGCCUACUUCUGGAAUCGCUUCAGCUUCUGGAAUUACGCGCGGCCGCCAACAGUUAUCCUGGAGCCAGAUGUGUUCCCUGGGAAUUGCUGGGCUUUUGAGGGCGACCAGGGCCAGGUGGUGAUCCGGCUACCGGGUCGUGUGCAACUGAGUGACGUCACCCUGCAGCAUCCACCACCCAGUGUGGCACACACCGGGGGAGCCAAUAGCGCUCCUCGAGACUUCGCAGUCUACGGCCUCCAGGUUGAUGAUGAGACUGAAGUUUUCUUGGGGAAAUUCACCUUCGAUGUGGAGAAAUCAGAGAUUCAGACUUUCCACCUACAGAAUGACCCCCCAGCUGCCUUUCCCAAGGUGAAGAUCCAGAUUCUAAGCAACUGGGGCCAUCCCCGUUUCACGUGCUUGUAUCGGGUCCGGGCCCAUGGCAUGCGAACUUCAGAGGGGGCAGGGGACAGUGCCACAGGGGAACCCCAUUAA